AUGGGACAAACAGUGAAAGAAAAAUUACGAAAGUGCUGCCAGACAAACAAAAGGAAAGAAAUUUCCGAGAUAAAAACGGAAGUGAAACGUACAGCAAAAGAUUCGAAGGAAGAAAAGAAAAGUCAAACAAGUGCUGAGAUAUGUAAUACUGUAAGUGCAACAUCGAUGGUUAAAAAGAAAGAUGAACAAAAAGAGAGAAGUAAAAGUGAAUUAAAUAGAGAAAAAGAAGUUACAGUAAAACUUGUGAGUAAUGUCCCUGCAAGUGAAGCUGAUAGUAGUGAAAUUGGUACAAAGUGCAAAAGCAAUGAAGGGAUAAGUGACUCAGGUUUGGGAGAAAAGACACAAGAUGAGAAACACAAUGAUAGUGAAUGUGGCCAGAAUGAUAAAGGAAAAGUGAGAAAUGAAAAGUCAGAGUCAAAUAUAACUAAAGAGUGUAGUGUGCGCAUUGAAAAGAUAAAGCUCAAUGCUAUCAGUUUUAACAAAGAGAAGUUGUUUGAGAAACAGAAUGUAAGUGAUCCAGAAGAUAAUCCUAAGAGCAAUUCAGUGAAAGUUGUAAAUGAAAAAGGUGACGCUUCAGAAGAAAAAGAAAUAGCGAGUGAUACUAAGGAGUCCCAUGAAAAUGACAUUGAUAAUCAAAAUGAAAGUGGAGUUACUAAUGAUACAGAUCAGACCGAUGAGUGCACGAGCACUGGUUCUAUCCUGGACGAUAAAUCAAUAAUUCCCGAAAUGCAAAAGACCCAGAAAGAAAGGAUCAUCCUUAAUAUUGGAGGGCAAAGGUUUGAGACCUCUCGUGUGACAUUACAACAAGACCCCAACUCCUUGCUGGCCAAAAUUGUUGGACCAGAUGGAAUGACGCCAAUAUAUGGCAACCGAUACUUUAUUGACAGGGACCCUGCUCAUUCCGAUUCAUAUUAA